AUGGAGGCUGCGGGGAGAGACCGAGGGCCGAGCAACACGGUCUGGACACGCGAUUCUCUGGACCAGGCCCUCUUUGUGGGCCACCAAAUCUCCCUUUUCAGAACCGCAAACUGUGUUAUUGUUGAUUCAGCCUGUCAUUACGAGUACAUGAUGACCAAAUGCGAGCUCUGCGGUGGCACCGGAGUAGAUGGAGGUUUUAAGUGUACGCUAUGCGAUGGCAAAGGUGUCAAGAAGGCCGUCAACUACGUUGUCACCCUGAACAAACCUUGGUAUGUUUGCUAUGGUGAACCUUACGCUCGAUCUAACCAGUCACUCAUAAGCAUCACCAUCCUCCCGUCGAGCGACUUCCUUCUCCCCCGCUACCAGCGCUAUACUCGAGCUCUUACGAGUGAAUGA